CAGUGAAUUGUGGGUAAUAUACUUCGGCGAAGUUCGCUUCGAUGCUGGUUUUUGCGGUCGACGAAGGACCCAGCCCACAUAGGUCCUUCGAAGGAUGCAGCCUCUGAGGCUCGGCGUUGGUACAUUCCCUUUCCGGUUGAUUUUGUCAAAUUCACCGUAGGUUUUAGAGGCAAUAUACGGGAGCUGUAAAUGUCUGCAGUCUUUACUUCUGGGGUUCAGAGGCUGACAGAUUUGGGGAAAUUGAGCUACAACUAAAGACCAUGAACUCCCUUUAUGGAGAAGAACAGCCACCUUUGAACCCCCGACGUCAUGAACUCGACAACCAAAGCAUUUUCGAUUCCAGACUCCUCACCGUAACAACUUUUUACUUUCGGUAUUAAUCCAUCUUGCCUACGUGGUCAAAAUGCAGCCGAGAAAGCGACACGUUCUGCUCCUCUGGUUGCUUUUCUGCUCCAGCGUGGCGGAGGCGCUGGAACCCAUUAGCACCACCAUCGCAGUGGGAAUGGCAGCAGGUCUCACUGGGAUUUUAGUGAAAUACCGGAACAUUUUCUACCGCUUCCACGAGUGCUGCCGACCUGAAUGGAUAUCCUUCAAUAAGACAAGGCUCAAGACCGAUCUGGAGAGCAAGCUCUUUGGACAGCACAUUGCGUCCCGCAUCAUUUUAAAGGCUGUGAAUGGAUUCAUGAGCAACGACAACCCGAAGAAGCCUCUGGUGCUCUCCCUGCAUGGAUGGACCGGCACCGGGAAGACCUUUGUGAGCAAGCUCAUCGCUGAUAGCAUUUAUGCUGAAGGAAUGCAAAGCAGCUUCGUCCACGUGUUCACAUCCACUCUUCACUUCCCACAUUCGGAACAUAUCGCUACUUACAAGUCUCAGUUACAGCAGUGGGUCAGAGGCAAGGUGAUCAACUGUGAGCGCUCAAUGUUCAUCUUUGACGAGAUGGACAAGAUGCACCCAGGCUUGAUUGACAGCAUCAAGCAGUACCUGGACUACCAUGUCAAGCUGGAUGGAGUUUCUUAUCGGAAAUCAAUCUUCAUCUUCCUCAGCAACGCAGGAGGAGACGGCAUUAUACAGACGGUUCUAGAUUUCUGGAGAAAAGGACGGGAUCGAAAAGAGAUCGAGCUCAAAGACUUGGAAACGGCAUUGUCACAGUCCGUGUUCAACGACAACAAAAGCGGCUUCUUUCGUACAAGUUUGAUCGACAAGAACCUGGUGGAUUUCUUCGUUCCCUUCCUGCCUCUAGAGUACCGGCACGUGGUCCAGUGUGCCUUGGCCGAGAUGAAAGCAAAAAGACUUAAACCGAAUCAUGACGUGGCAGAUAAGGUGGCCAGAGAUUUGGUCUACUUCCCCAAAUCUGAGAGAGUGUUCUCUGUCAAAGGCUGCAAGACAAUAGAGAGCAAACUGGACUUCUACAUAUAAUGAAGUCCUUUGUAAACGGAUUUGGACGUAGGAUUAGACACACUGUGACCCAGAAACAUUAAAAAGCCAUCAUCAGGUUUCCAACAGACACCUGCAGGUUUUUGGUUGAAAUUGACAAGUAUUAAGAACCUGAGCACCAUCUGAUGAAAUGUAACCUGAGAACAUGAUGCUGCCACUACCGUGUUUCAUUAUGGGUAUGGUGUUUAAUUGAUGUAUACUAUAACUGAUGGUAGAUGUCAACAAGAACUGCACAAUGUAUUGAAUUAUGUCAUUGCAUUAUCUGUAAAUACAAUAUGGAAAUCACAAAGAACAGCUUGGACACAAUAUUUGGUAAAAGAUUCUGAAAUGAUUUCUCAUUGUUUAAUUUUAUUAAAGUCCAUAAACCUGGCAUAUCAACAGAGGCGUGCAAGUUUUUUUUAGAGCUACUGUAUUCUACUUUUAAAGGGGUGGGAAGAAGAAAAUGCUCUGCUGGUUUUAAAAAGUGUUAAAAUAAGCAACCUUUUCUGUAUGAUUGUGUAUGGUUACCUCUGAAUGUGAAAGCAAACUGUGCACCUGUUCUCCUUGGCUAUAAUCAACACCAGAAAAGCAAAUAAUAAAAAAGUGCUUAAUUAAACAAGUAAUCAUUUAAA